AGAGGGGUUUAAUUAAAGAUAAACCCUAAGGUGAAUCAAAUCAUUUUCUGGUGUGCGUCGGCUUUCGCUUCUGGAAGAUUCCGUAAAUCUCCGAUUUCGAUGGCGACUCGGCUCAAGGAGAUUGUGAAGAAGUACGGAAAAGUCGCGCUUGGAGUCCAUUUCUCGGUCUCCGGCGUCUCAAUUAGUGGAUUUUACAUCGCGAUCAAGAACAACGUGGAUGUCGAAUCGCUCUUGGAGAAGUACCAAAUCCCUUGGUUCUCCAACAAGGAAAACCCUAACCCUAGCCUCAAUUUGAAGAUUGAAGAGGAAGGUUCGGGUACGAGCGAUAACAAGACGAAACAGCUUGCGAAAUCAGCCGGCGGAGCCCUAGCGUUGGCGGUUUUGUGCAAUAAGGCGCUGUUUCCGAUCAGAGUUCCGAUCACGAUGGCGUUGACUCCUCCAAUCGCUAGAUUCCUUAGGCAGAGGAAGAUCCUCAAAACCGGCCAAUGACUCUUUUCUCUCUAGAAUUCACAUUUGGGUCCUGUCUAUGUUUUCACCAUUUGUAUCGGUUCCGUUCGUUUUUGUUUGUUCGUAAUUUCGAAUGUAAUGCUUCUUGAUAGGAAGAGAAUGAGAUAUUAUGUUAGAGAUAUUUGAGAUUAUAGUGUUGAUCAUCUCUUAAUUUAGAAUUUUAAA